GAACCGUGCGCCGACCCCGGGGAGAGGUUCCCGCGGCUCCGGGAAGAUGGCGGCGGCCGUGGUGCUGGUCGCCGGGUUGUGCGCGGCGCGCAGAGCCGUCGCAGCUGCGGGGUCACGGGGGGCUCAGGUCCGAGGAGUUGCAGGUGUGACUGAUGGGAAUGAAGUGGCCAAGGCCCAGCAGGCAGCUCCUGGUGGAGCAGCUCCAACCAUCUUCUCCCGGAUCCUGGACCGAAGCCUCCCAGCUGACAUUCUAUUUGAGGACCAGCAGUGCCUCGUGUUCCGUGAUGUGGCCCCUCAGGCUCCUGUGCAUUUCCUGGUCAUUCCUAAGAAGCCCAUUCCUCGGAUUAGCCAGGCUGAAGAAGAAGACCAGCAGCUUCUAGGACACCUACUCCUUGUGGCCAAAAAGGUAGCAAAGGCUGAGGGCCUAAGAAAUGGAUAUCGACUUGUAAUCAACGAUGGCAAGCUUGGCGCACAGUCUGUAUACCACCUGCACAUUCACGUACUUGGGGGCCGACAGCUUCAGUGGCCCCCAGGUUGAACCUGCCAACUGACCAAGGACCCCGGACCUGGAUGAUUAGAUGGGGAAGGGAAAAGGAAACCUGGGAUGAUAAUAAAUCUGCUGUCUCAA